AUGGCUAGCUCCAACGAUCUGCGGCAGCUUAUACGGAAUUCGUACGAGUGCAUGCGGAAGAUUAUGGAGCUGGACACGCAGUCGACGCUGACCAACUUCAAUGUAAUGGAGACGCUCAACAACUCGGCGAUCCUCCGGUACAGAGAACUGGAGCCUUAUCUGGACAGUCUGGAGUCUGAGACGUCCAAAAUCCGGACGCUGGACCAGGAACUGGCUAAAAAUCAGCCGAGGUUAGAACAGCUAGAAGAGCGCACGAAAAAGCUCGCCAUGCUGGUGGAGCAGAUGGACGAAUGGUCUGCGGAGUUGGAGGUCAAAAGCCGGCACAAGGGAGACGAUUCAGAGGAUCCAAAUGCUGCAGAGCUUCUGAUGGCAGCACAGGCGCUGGGCGAGCUGAAAAGCAGGUCUGAGCCACCCAAAUCCACGAUCCUCGACAAAGUCACUUCUCAUCCCCUCAUAUCCAGCUCUAUCAAUUACAUGCUGGAAAAGACGAUCAACACUUCAAGCAAUAUUGUUCUCUUGAACGAAGAAAAAUCCAAACGUGCUCGAAAUGACCAGCAGACAGAGUCUGUUGGACCCGACAUGAAGGAGAUAUCUGAGCAGAUCCCGCCCAAGCGGCCGAAGCUGGAGAAGACAAGCUCUGGAUCUCAGCUCAACAACCGCUUGCCGCCUCCAUCACAACCGCCUCGAUUCGCCCGCCUCAAUUCGUCUCUACGUCAGCAGGUUACCAUAUCAUCAGCCAUAUCCACCCAGAGAAGUCUUCAGGAUCUCACUGAGCUCAGUGUUUUGAAUCUCAAUAUUGAAAGUCGCCGUAGGCUCACCAUGCUGAUCAAUUUUUUGAAGAUCGGAAACACGCAACUCAGCGAACGCAUCGAAAAUCUCAUCAACGUGCUGGCGAAUGAACACACCGUGAACCAAUCUCGCUCUUCCAGCCCUGACAGUUUUCGCGGUGGUGCAUCGACGCUUUCUCUGCCGUCGCUAGCCUCCGUGAGCAGUGCCACGUCUCUGGCUAGUCUUCCAAAUUCCGACGAAACGCCAAUUUUGAGCCCAGAAGCAGAAAUCCCUGUCCAGCAGCUCAAAAACGAAAUAGUGGGCACUGUCAAGAAGAUAGUGAACGUCGUCUCGAAAGUGUCUGCAAAUUCGCUUCCAGAGCCCGCCCGCUCGAACGUCCGUGAAAUGCUACUGAAAUUACCAACUAAUUGGGCUAUGUCACUGGAGCAGAACAUGUCGGAGCCUGAAGAUGAGGACUCAGACGACGAAACAAAGACGAUAUAUGAAGAUUCAGUGGAGUACCCGGACCAGACUGCUGAAUCGCAGAAACGCAAGUCCAGGUCGUUGGCCCAGCAGCUGCUGGCCAACUUGUUCAAGUACAGAAAUAAAAGACAGAAGAACGCUGUGCAGCCGAACACCUGGUUCAAGAAAUCCAUCCGCGACCAGAUCCUGAGCGAUCGGAAUGGCAAGGUGCUAAUCCUGGCUCAGGAGUCGCUUGACAUGAUCAACAAAAUUAUCAAGUUCUGCAAUGAAAACCUCGAUAAGGCAGAAACGUGGAAUAUCUCGAAGCAGACCCAGCAGGCUGCCCAUUUAAUGAACAAACUACAAAACAUCACGUACGUGACGCCCGUGUCGAGCCGUGAGGCGGUCUCGGACUCCUCGGAUACGCAGAAGGAUUCCCAGGACGGCGACACUAUAGUGGUCCGCGAGGAUUCACCAUCCAAAUUAUGA